AUGAACGAUAGAGAUAUCUUAGCUAAGCGAUGAAAAAAAUUAUUGUGCUGCUGGGACUUAUCGCCUGCUCUCACGGUUCCGGUUGGGAGUCCCUUGGAAGUCACGGCGAGCUUACUCUUGGAGAAAUUUCUAUAGACCAUGAUGACUUGGGAGCUUUUAACUUGGGAACAGAGAGUCAUUCUUCAGAUUUCUUGGGAGAUCAUUUGUCAAAUGGUUGGCACUCGGGUUUGCACGGAUCCCAUGUAAUCCCCGUUGUUAAGCACGUUGGAAUACCGACGAUCAAGCAAGUUCCGAUCAGCGUUCCGCAUCCAGUGGUGCAAACUGUUCCACAGCCUUAUCCCGUCCCCGUGGUGGUAACGAAGCCUGUACCAUAUCAGGUGGAGAAGCAGGUAAUUAAGACGGUCGAGAAAAAAGUACCUACGCCCGUCGAGAAAAUAAUUCCGGUUAAAAUCGAGAAACCUGUGCCGUUUAAAGUGGUGAAACACGUGCCCAUUCUGGUUCAAAAGCCAAUACCGAUCAAGAUUCCGAUCUACAAGACCAUCGUGCACAAAGUCAAAGGCCAUUGAUUUUCUGUGUGUUACUGUAACAUAAUUUCAUAUCUUUGUUGUUGAUAUUUUUCUUUUUGUAAUCCGUACAUUCUCAAAAAUGUAUA